GUUUGGUUCUACGCUUCUUUGUUUCUCCUCGCCCUCCUUGGCUGCGGGAUCGGGGCGCGCUGCUACGUGCUUCGACGGCGCAGGAAGAUGGUUGAGGUGCUGCCGGAAGAGCUGGAAGAGGGCAGGGCGCUGGAGACCGAGCACCCCGCGCCCACCAUCCUCACGGACAGCAAGGACAGCGCGGCCUUGCGGGCGGUGGCCGAUGCGAAGAGUGGGGACAACCCCUACCUGGCCAUGGCCAAGAAAAACCCCAAGAAGCAGGCGUCUCGCAAGGGCAGCAGCUGGGAGGUGAACGACACCCCGCGGGAAGGAGACGAUGAGGAUACCUGGAGCGAGGCGUCCACACCAGAGAACUCCGACGGCGAGAGCAGCGCCAGCGGCAGCUCGGAGGAGCCCAUGGUGUCGCCCCGCACGGCACUGGCGGCCAAUGCGCUGCAGCAGCACGCGCAGCAGUUCUCGCCGGACCUGGUAGCCGCCAAGGCCUUAAGCGCGCACGCCGCGGGGAAGAAGCGGCAGGAGAGCGACGACAGCGCGGCUUCGGGCGCGCUUCAGGCACACGCUGGGCUCUUUGCCGAGCGGGGUGGCUCAAAGUCUUCAAAGGCUCGGGAGGAGAGCGACGACGGCACGGCUUCGGGCGCGCUUCAGGCACACGCUGGGCUCUUUGCCGAGCGGGGUGGCUCAAAGUCUUCAAAGGCUCGGGAGGAGAGCGACGACGGCACGGCUUCGGGCGCGCUUCAGGCACACGCUGGGCUCUUUGCCGAGCGGGGUGGCUCAAAGUCCUCCAAGGCACGGGAGGAGAGCGACGACGGCACGGCUUCGGGCGCGCUUCAGGCACACGCCCGGCUUUUUGAGGGCGAAGAGCGCGAGAGCGAGGCUAAGCGCCUGGCGAAGGGCGGCUCCCUCGCCUCCAAGGCCACUGCCCAAUUCGGGCCGAAGCCGAGGAAAGAGGCAGAGUCCUCCGAGUCCUCAGAGAGGGACGGAGACGCAGUCGGCAGCAAGCAGAGCAGCAAGCAAAGCAGCAAACACAGCAAGCAGAGCAGUAAGCACAGCAGCGCAGCUGAUGGUGCGGACGAGGUGCGGUGAGCUCCCUGAGAGAGAGCUCCUGCCAUCAGCGCUCCGUGGGUUUUCUGCAAGUCCCGUGGGGUUUUUGUCAGG